AUGGCACCUUCUGGUUGCCCAGAGGUCUGGGAACGUGGUCCAGAUGGCUUCUCGGGGCCCACUGUCCUGGAUGCCUGGAGUGACCAGUGGGGACAGAUCCACCUGGAUUCCCAGCAGGAUUACCAGCUGCUGCAGGCGCAGAGGACACCAGAAGGCCUGUGUCUGCUCUUCAAGAGGCCCUUUGGCACCUGUGACCCCAAGGAUUACCUCAUUGAGGAUGGUACCGUCCACCUGGUGUACGGGAUCUUGGAGGAGCCUUUCGGGUCGCUGGAGGCCAUCAACACGUCGGCGCUGCAGACUGGGCUGCAGAGGGUGCAGCUGCUAAAGCCCAACAUCUCCGUCCCGGCCUUGCCCUCGGACAUGCACUCCAUGGAGAUCCACACCCCAGACAUCCUGAUCCCCAGCCAGAAGACCACAUACUGGUGUUACAUCACCGAGCUUCCAGAUGGCUUCUCCCGGCACCACAUCGUCAUGUACGAGCCCAUUGUCACCAAGGGCAACGAAGCCCUGGUCCACCACAUGGAGGUCUUCCAGUGCACCGCCCAGUUCGAGAGCUUCCCUCAGUUCAGCGGGCCCUGCGACUCCAAGAUGAAGCCUGACCAUCUCAAUUACUGCCGCCACGUGCUAGCCGCCUGGGCGCUGGGUGCCAAGGCCUUUUACUACCCGGAGGAAGCAGGCCUUGCCUUUGGGGGCCCCGGGUCCUCCAGAUAUCUCCGUCUAGAAGUUCACUACCACAACCCGCUGAAGAUCCAAGGCUGGGUCACAACAGGGCACCUGGAAGGACGGCAGGUGCAGGCCAUCCAGGGCCCAGAACCCGCCUUCUGA